GUGAGUAGAGCAGUGCUUUCAAGAUGCCGCUACUGAGGCAGGAAGUUUUCUUGCUGGCUGAGACGCCAGAGGAUUUGUCGCCCGACGAGAUGGUGUUCCAGGUCCGGUUCACGAAGGAGAUUUUCCGGGACUAUGACGAGUAUGUGAGACGCAUGAAUCUCUAUCGGCAAAAGAUAUGGACGUGCAAAGCUACUCGUCGGGAAGGUCUCACUUACGAGAAGGCAUUGGUUUCGGAGUGUCGAGCAGCUCAAAAGGCCGAGUUUCCGAAAGAUUUCAUGGGACCAGUUCUACACCUGGUCCAAUUUAGUGAGCUUGAGACCGAUGAGCUCGUUGACCACGUUUUUACGACUCUCAGCGAUAGAUUUGUUCCUGGGGAGGAAAUCCCAAGCAUUGCCGACGAUGCGAGACGGAAGUGCAGGAUACUUGACGUCUCUGAACAAGAUGGAGAGAAUGGUACAAAGGCUUUAAAGUACGAAGUCGGCUGGCUCGAUGGAGAAGGGCAGAUUACCGAGAAGGCUGUGGAGGAUCCUAUCAACUUGAUGAAGAGAAAGCUACCGUUUACAAAAGAAGCGUUGAAGAAGUUUAUUCAGGAGUCAGCUUAUGGAGAAGUAACGCUGGACAUGCCUUGGUUGGUGCGGGACAAGCUGGCUAGGAAGUUCAAAAUACCUUUUGAUCCACCGAAAGAGGAGAAGCAGUUGCACACUAGACUCGAUCCGACUCAAAGACAAGUCAACCAAUCUUACUUUGACGAAAGUUUGCAAGAUGCCGAUGUUGAGUAUACAGCUCGAAAGCGCAGCAAGAAAUACAGGGAUUGCGGAUCGAGUGGUAGAUCAAAGAAAAAGUACGAUGGCUAUUCGUCACCCUCCGAAGAUCUCAUGGAUGAUAAUCUCCUUGAGCCAAACCCGGAUGAUCCUCCCUUACCGGAACGGCCUGUGCCUUCCACAGAUUUUCCGCUCGAAGCUGAGUGUAUCGGCGCUACGUUGAUGGUGUGGGACUUUUGCAACUCAUUUAGCACAUUGUUACAGCUGUCGCAGUUUUCGUUGUACGAUUUGGAGAAGGCACUACUUUAUACGGAUGGCGAAUCCUCGCUCUUAUCGGAGGCGUAUUUUGCCGUUUUUCGCGUUGUCCUUGGCGAGCAGGGGGUUAAGCAGCGACUUGCCCAACGUAGAAAACGGAAAGUAAUACUUUCUAUAGAUACAUGGAAGGAUGAUGUUUGCGACUAUUUGGAGCUCGAAGGGCCUCAAAAGUUGAAACCUUACCUGUCGACAAUUCGGACAGACUGCUACUCUAGGCUACCUGUCUUGUCCAAACUGGAGAUAUUCGAGGAGCUAAUUGAGAGAGCCAUCAACACCACCGCGAUUCGCAGUCACCUGGACGAGAACAUUGAAGAGUUCGAGAGUCUUUCCGCUCAAAGACGUGGCGAAGGCCUCCCGAUAUCCAUGAGAAAGGGCUCAAGGUUUAUGGAAAAAGCUAAAGCAACCGAGAGUCUGGAAAAUGGCUGCACUGAAGAUGUUUCAGAGUGCAAGCCCAAAGAGUGCCUGCACGAAAAUGGAUGCUUAAUCGGGUGGCUGAAAAAAGGAAAACGGAAACGGAAUGGUAACGCUGAUGCAAAUGGCGUCAAGAGGGAAUACAGCGCACGUUGUUUGUUCUUCAAUAGCUCGAGGCAGACGUUGUUUAGGUGUAACAGAGUCGAACUUCACGAUGAAAGGGAGCCACAAACGGAAAAAGAAAGGGCUGAGUCUGAGCUCCAGAAAAGACUGGAGCAUCUCGAUCGUGAACUCGAGAAAUGCACCAUUCGGAUGAGCCCGCUAGGGAGGGACCGCAACUACAAUAGAUACUGGUUUUUUCAUAGGGAGGGACGCAUUUUUGUCGAAAGUGAAGACGCAAACAGCUGGUCUUUCUACAGUUCAAAGAAGGAACUCGAUGAAUUGCAGGAAUCUUUGAACCCGAAAGGAGCAAGGGAGAAAGCUUUGCGGGACCAAAUAGAGAGCACUUACACUAGAAUCAGUACUUCGAUGCAGAAACGGUCCAAGGAUGUAGCUCAGAGAAUAGCUCUAGAAGAAGCCAACAUACGACGAUCACUACGGGUGCAGUCAGCUCCCCGGCCCACGGGGUUCUUAGCAUAUGUGAAUAAGAACAGGACCGCUUGAGGCUUACUCCCUCGUAUCGCAACUUUGGGUUUUUUUCGUCCAGGGUUAGGAGGGAUUGCUACACUGUACCCGGCAGUUUGAGGAAGACAAACUAAGCGUGUCGUUUAGUGUC